CCAGGAGCCUUGGCGGAGCUGGGCCAAUGAAGGCCCAGAAAAGGGGCGUUUCCGUUCCUACGGAAGACGCUAAGGCGGGACUUCCUAUUCCCUCCCUGGGCGGACAUUUUGUUUGCUUUUGGAUUAGUCCACCAAAUCCGUUUCCACGGCGCAGCGUUAUAGCCGAGGUGACACAACAGAGAAAACGCGAGAGGCGUUGUCGGCGCCAAACAGAGGCGGACCUGAGGAGCGGCAGCGGCACCGCCCGGUGACCGGGCCGCCGGGACCCCGCACUUGUCGCUCUGCAGCUUCUCCGGCCCCUCACGCCUGCCUCAGUCCACAGGUCCGAUGGCGGCGGCCGCGCUCGCUGACCCGGCGCAGGUGAUGGGAGCCACGGAAGGCUCUGAACAGAGGAGACACACGAGCUGAUGGUUGAAAAAGUAUUCCGUAGACCGCCCAGGUUCCCGUGAUCUCAGAUGCAAUUAUGGGCCCUGUUCAGGGGAAAGUCAACUUUGAGGACGUGUUCGUGUACUUCUCCCAGGAGGAGUGGGGACUCCUUGAUGAGGCUCAGAGGCUCCUGUACCGCGAGGUGAUGCUGGAGAACUUUGCACUUAUGGUAUCACUGGGAUAUGUGUCCUCCAUGCCCCAUGGGGUUGCUCCACGGGAGCUGGGCAGUGAGCCCUGGGGAUCUGACUGGGCGGACAUGACUCCGGCCGUGACCAGAGAGGCUCAGGGAGGGUGUGGCCCUGGCUGUCGGCGUGGGGAGGAGGAGGAGGAAAUACCUUUUGAGCAGAGCGUUUCUGUAAAAGGAGUGUCACAGAUCACAGUUCCUAGGACAGUUCUGUCUUCCGAGAAGGCUCACCCCUGUGAGACAUGUGGCCCGAUCCUGAGAGCUGUUCUGCACUUGGCUGAGCACCAGGAAACACACUGUGAGCAAAAACUACACGUGUGUGUGGCAUGUGGGAAACAGCUGUGGUUCAGCACAAACCUUCACCACCAGAAGCCACACAGUGGAGAGAAGCCCUGCAGACGGGACGAGGGCAAGGCCUGCCUUGUGAACAGCUGCCCCGUCCAGUCACUGGAGGUACCCUUUCCCACGGGGGAGGGUUGUAAGGACUUCCCAGCCAGCUCAGGCAUUUUCCAGCACCGCACCCCUCUGGGUAAGUGGAAGCCACAAAGUAACACCACGUGUGUAGAGGCCUUUCACAGUGGACAGAGGCAUUACGAGUGCAGCGAGUGUGGGAAAGCCUUCAGCCGUAAAGACUCACUUGUCCAGCACCGGAGGGUCCACACGGGAGAAAGGCCGUACGAGUGCAGCGAGUGUGGGAAGGCCUUCAGCCGCAGAGCCAUACUUGCUCAGCACCAGAGAGUCCACACAGGAGAGAUGCCUUAUGCGUGUGGGAUAUGUGGGAAGGUUUUUAAUCACAGCUCUAACCUCAUUGUACACCAGAGAGUCCAUACUGGAGCCAGGCCGUACAAAUGCAGUGAGUGUGGGAAAGCCUACAGCCACAAAUCCACGCUUGUCCAGCAUGAGAGCAUCCACACGGGAGAAAGGCCUUACGAGUGCAGCGAAUGUGGGAAGUACUUCGGUCACAAAUACAGACUCAUUAAACACUGGGGUGUUCAUACCGGGGCAAGGCCCUACGAGUGCAUUGCGUGUGGGAAGUUCUUCAGCCAAAGCUCCGACCUUAUUGCACACCAGAGAGUUCACAACGGUGAAAAGCCGUAUGUGUGCAGCGAGUGUGGAAAAGCCUUUAGCCACAAACACGUGCUUGUUCAGCACCAUAGAAUCCACACUGGAGAAAGGCCGUAUCAGUGCAGUGAGUGUGGGAAGGCCUUCAGGCAAAGGGCUUCCCUCAUCAGACACUGGAAAGUUCACGCUGGAGAAAGGCCUUAGGAUGGCGGAGAAUACGCUGUCCUGUUCAGCACAGUGGGGGACACCAGGGAGAAGCUCUGAGAGCGGCCUUUGUGAGUCGCCGUCAGCCGGGAGCUGAGCCUUGUGUGUGUGAACUCCCACCCUGAGGAGGUUCUUCUGUGCGCCAGCUACAUGGGGCGCUUUCUGGGGCAGUGCUGAACUUUGUAACAUGCCUUUGUCCACUUGAACAGCUUCUGCACACUUGCCAGAAGUAUAUUGCUGCCAGUGUCUCUGGAAGAAGCCAUCCAUCUAUGCAACAGCAGGGUCCCAGCUUGCGCAGAAGUCACCCCCGCGUGCUUCAAGGGGCAGGCUCUCUGCUGCUGCUCCCUUCCCUGGAGGGAAUCACCGGUAGCCUGAGCCCAUUGAAGUCCUCACUCCUUUCUGCUUCCCCGCGCCCUCAGGUGUUUUAAGCUUGGAGGUGAUCCAGUUUCGGCCAGAAGAAUACAAUCUUUGUUCUGCAGGCUGCUUACAGAGAUGUCCAUUUUUCAGGCUUUGUCAGUCUCCUGUAGCCCUCCUGAUGGAUUUGUCCAGCCUCCAAGUCAUGUAACUUGGGGAUUGCCUGCCUCUUGCUGUUCUGGUUUUGCAACAAAUGCCUUAGUUUUUAAGCCACCUUUAAUCCUGGGGGUUGUGUUCACUUUGUGGGUUGAGUGGAGAACAGAGUUGGGCUGGCAGAGCCCAGUGAGGGAGUGAGCAGCUUGUGUGAGAGCUCCAGCUGUCGUGUUGCUGUGGCGGUAGAAUGGCAGAGAAAGAACAGCUCUCAUUCUGGUUUCAGCCUAGUUUGCUCUGCUGCUCAAGGCCUCCUAGGACAGAAUACCAGUCCUCGGGGGCCUCAUCACGUGGCCUGUGUGGUGAGAGGAUUUGUAGGACCAAGGGCACCCUGAGCAGUGGGCGUGUGCUGUGACAGCCUCUGGUGUGUCUGGGAGCAGCGUGACUUGGGCCCCUUGUUCCCACGGGUGUGUCAUAUUCCUCAGCCCUCUUGAGGGGAGCUUGGUUCCCUGGGAACUGCCAGCAUCCCUGAUCUGUCGUUUGGUGGGCAGAUGUCACUGUCCCCUAAGAGGGCCAGGUAGGAGUCAUAACUGAUACAGAGACUGAUUAACAGGAAAUUGGAGACUACAGCCAGCCGUAGGGACUGUCAGUCUUCUAAAGGUGUCUCUGCAAAUGUUUCCAUCACUUUGGCUUUGGUGUGAGGGUUUACGGAAAUUCUCAGGACUCCCAUAGUUGUGUCUCCUAGUCUUAUGGCUGCUGACCGUCUGAGCAAUCUAAACACUUUCUGCAAUUAAUUGCACAUAUUUAUAGUGUAUAAUUUGGUAAGUUUCAGUACAUGUUUGCACCUUUGAAACCAAGGUUCCUGAUUCCUUUUACAAUAUCUCUCCCUGUCAUCCAUUCCCAAUCAACCACUCAUCUUGCUUUCUGUCACCAUAGGCUUGUUUGCAGUUCCUAGAGUUUUAUGUGUGUGUGUGGCGGGGGGUUAAUUUAAAAUGUGCUAGUACGUACGUGGCUUUGACAACCCUGCAUAAUUAUUAUGUGGUUUAUCAACGUUCUGUGUGUCAGUAGUUCAUUCUUCUCCGUCUAUACAUUUGUUUAGAGUACUCCACUUUAGAGAAAUAGUUCCAAAGGAAGUGACCCCAGAGAGAACUCCCGAGAAUGAAGCCGCAGGGUCUGUUACAGCCUCAACCUGGAAGUGAUGCACCGUCGUUCCUGACUCACUCUGUGGGUGACAGACUAAUCUUGGUUCCAGGUGGGGAUUCGUGGGAGGGUUUCUUGGAUACUGGUGACCGUAAUCGUAGUUGUUUUUCUUUUUUUUUUCUUUUCUUUUUUUUUUUUUUUUUAACCUUUUUAGUCUUUUAAUGAGGAAGUAUAUCAACUGAUUUCAAAAGGUAAACCAGCUUUGCAUUUCUGAGGUAAAGCACGUCUGGUCAUGAUGUAUUACUCUUUUCGUGUAUCGUUGAAUUUAGUAUGCUGGGUUUGGGGGUUUGUUUUGUUUUGUUUUGUUUUUUAAGAUUUUGCAUCCAUGCUCAUGAGGGAUGUUAGCCUCAUUUUUUUUUUUUUUUUUUUUUUUUUUUUUGGAUGCUUGGUUUUGGUGGCUAGCAGUGUGAUGCUGGCUUUACAGAACAUGUUGGUCAAGUAUUCCCUGCUCUUCAAUUUUCUGGAAGAGUUUGUGAAGAACUGGCAUUCUUUCUUAAUUGUUUGAUAGAAUUCACUGUGAAGAAUCUGGGCCUGGAGUCUACUUUGUGGAAAGGUUUCUAAGUGUUAAUUUAAUUUCCUUGGUGGACAUAGGUUUGUACAGAGUAUCUUUCUGUUUUUUCCUACAGUGAGCUUUGGUGGUUUGUCUCUUUCUCAAGGAGUUUGUUUUAUUUAGUAGUCAAAAUUUUCAAGUUAUUCUCUUAUUAUUUAUUAGUAUGUGUAGAGCCUUCAGUGAUGCCACCUGUCUUAUUCCUGAUACUGGUAAUGUCUAUAUUUCUCUUUUUUUCUUGAUCAGAAGUUAAUCAGUUUUAUUGAUCUUCAUAAAGCACUUGAUUUCACUGAUUCUUCCCUUUUUUUUUUUUCUUUUUGACUUUUACCAUUGCCUUUUGCUUUUAUUGUAUUUCAUUUCUCUUCUGCUACUUGUUAACAUAGAAGCUGAGAUCCUUCAUUUGAUACCUUUGGGUCUUUUUCCGCUAAUGUAGGUGCUAAAUACUAAAAAUCACCCUGUAGGAACUGUUAGUUGCCUCCCACAACACUUGGUAUGUUGUAUUUUCAUUUUAAUUAGAUUUGAAACCUUUUCCAGUUUCCUUUUAAAUUUCUCCUUUGACACGUGGUUCUUUUUAGAAGUGUGGUAUUUCAAAUACUUGGUAUUUUCCUUAUCUUUUCUGUAAUUGAUUUCUAAUUUAAUUCAUUGCAGUCAGAGUAUAUACUUUAUGCCUUGAAGUAUUUACAUUUAUUGAUGUUCGCAUUAUGGCCCAGAAUAUGGUCUGUCCUGUGUUUCAUGUUAACUCAAAAUAAAUGUAUAUUGUUUUCUUGUUUGGUGGAGAGUCCUCAGAUGUCAGCUUAGGUGAGAUGGCUGAUAAUGUCUACGUUUCCUGUGUCCUUACUGAUGUGGGGGCAAUGUUCUACCAGUUACUUGAAGAGGCUUGUUGACGUCUCUGUAUAAGUGGAUUUGCCUGUUUCUCUCGUUCUGUCAGGUUUUGCUUCAUGUAUUUUGAAGUCUUUUUAUUUGGUGAAUAAACAUUUCCUUCUGUUAUGUCCAAUUAAUGAGUAGAGCUCUUUAUCAUUAAGAAGUGAUCCUCUUUAUAGUAAUACUCUUUACUCUGAAAUUUACAUUGUCUGAUGCUGUUAACAUAGUGUCAUUUUGUGUGGACACUCAGUUUUGCCUUUCUGGGUACUGAAAACAUUUGCAUUUCUAUAGAUACUCCUGAUUUUUUUUCCUGUUACAUGUUUAAGUUCCUUGGACACACUAUGGUCUUUUGGGAUCUUGAUUCCAAACAUUUCUAGGUGGACUCAUUGGAGUAUUUAUUUGAAAGCUGACUUCCCUCCCCCUCCUGAGACAGUCAUUCUGUGUUCUCUAGUUGUGCUUUGUGAGGCUUCCCAUGGACACUGGUUGGAACAGAUGCUGUUCCACCCUCUGCAGUAGCCUUGGAAAUUGCUUCAUCUAACCCUCUCGGGUGUUUCUCACCUCUGGUCAUUUCCUUCCUGAGGGUGCAGAUGGGCGCCCAGCUGGAUGCUUGAGGAUGACCCUCUUCAAGUCUCCGACAUUUUCUCUCAGCUGUGCUGUGCUCUGUUGGACUGCAGCCACCUGAGUAGGCCCAGAUUCUAAGUUUCUGUGUCAGCUCAGGGCGACUUUUGGGGUCUGGCUGGACUUGCCAUUCUUGUGCUGGAGCCUGGAAGUUUCUCACAGUAACCUGGGGUGGUCACGUGGCUCACAGCACUUCUUUGCUCUCUCAUAGGUCACUAUUAUUUGCUUGAUGUCCCAUGUAUUAAGAAUCAGUUUCAUAUAUUUUCUUAAUUAUUUUAAAGAAAAUCUAUGAAUCAUCCCAAAGCAGAUACCUUGAAUAAGUUAGUAAAAUUGGUAAUACCUCCAACAACAUCAGGAAAAAAAAAAGAGAGAAAUCACAUAUCACAAAUACGAGCAAGGAGAGAAUGUAUCGCGCGAAUACCUUCGAAACAUAAUGGAUAAUUAUUUUAAACAACUCUUUCACAGUAAGUGGAAAUGCAGAGGACAAAAACCCAUUGAAAGAUACUAACUAGCCAGCCUCCCUCAAGGAGAAAUAGAUCAUCUGAAAAAUCCUUUGUCCAUUAAAGACAUAAAAUGAGUAUUUCCAGAUUACUUGUAGCGGUAAACUAUGUAUAAAUGUAAGAACCCCUCUCACUAAAACUCAAGGCCAAGAUGGCUUCACUGAUGAAUCCUACCAAAUAUUUAAUGAAGAAAUAGCUAAGACUAUCAAACUUCCCCAAAAUAAGUAAUAACAUAAGGGGUACUUUCCAACCAAUUUUUAGAAGCCAAUAUUAACCCUAAGAGCACAACUAGGUAAUGAGAUUAAAAAGAAAAUUAUAGACUAAUAUGUGAGCAUAGGUGCAAAAAACUCCUUCACAAAAUUUUAGGGAAUUAAGUCUAAGUAUGUAUAUAAAAUUAGUGUAUUUUCCAUUGUUAAGCCAACUCUACAUUCCUAAGAGUUGAUUGAAUCUAGUGAGACUCACUGGGACUGUAAGGUUGGCUUAACAAUUGGGAAUGUGUUAAUUUAAUCCGUAUUAUCCAGAACAUGCGGUGCAAUGAAUGCGUCUGCUCUUUCUCCUCAGUCCCUGGCACAGAGCUAUCAACAUGCCAGGACUCCUGAGUGCAAGCAGGCUUUCUUGUGCUAACGAGGUGACUCCUGGGAAGCCCCUAGGAAGUUUCAGGAUGGGAGUUAGUUGCCCGGAAGACCAACCACAUGAUUAGAAAUUUGAAGCUGAGCCCGCCAGACCUGUAGGGGGUGGAGAGGGGCUAGAGAUUGAGUUCAGUCCUGUGGCCGUGAUCUAAUUAGUUGUGUCUGUGCAGUGAGAUUCUGAUCAAAACUCUGGACACCACGUUUUGGUGGAGCUUCCUGGUUGGCGAACAUAUGGAUGUGCGGGAGAGUGAUAUGCCUUUGACUCCCCUGGGCGGGGUCAUGGGAACUUCACCCCUGGGACCCUCCCACACCUUGCCCUGUGCGCUCUUUCCAUUUGGCUGUGCCUGAGUUAUAUUCUUUGUAACAAAACUGGAAUCAUAGGCAUAGACAGCACUUUUAGUGAAUUCUAUGAGUCAUUCUAGCAAAUUAUCCAACCUGAGGAGAUUGUGGGAACCCCUGCAGUCAUAGCCAGCUGGUCAGAAAUACAGUUGGCCCCUGUGACUUGAAGCUGAUGCCUGAAGUGAGGGCUUUCUUGUGGAGGACUGAACGGCUAAAGAUGUGGACACCGAUGCAAACUCUGGGAGUUGGUGUUCAGAGAGCUGAUGUCAGAACCAGCUUCCCUAACCUGACGUAUGGCAGCAUUAGAAACCUAAAGCUAACAUCGCACUUAGUAGUGAAAGUUUGAGUGCUUUCCCCCUAAUAUCAGGAAUAAGCAGGAACGUCCACUCUCACAGCCUGUGUGUAAUACUACACUGAAGGCCUGUGCUAGUGACGUAAGAAAAUUAAACAAAUGGUGCACAAAUUGUAAAGAAAGAACCAGAAUGGUCAUUAUUCACAGGUUAUGUGCUUAUCUAUUUAGAAAAUCCUUAAUUAUCUAUUAAAAAACCUAAGAGAUCUAAUAGAUUAGUCAAGGCCCCAGGAUAAAAGGUCAGUAUAGUUAAAAUGCUUGGAAAUUGGGAAACUGUACCCCUUACUACAACACCAAAAUGUGAAAUAUUUAGGACUAUAUUUAACAAAAUACAUUCAAAAACUAUAUAGCAAAUCUACAAAACAUUACUGAGACCACAUUUCUGAAUCUAAGGACUUAAUACUUCAAUUUAUUCUCCCCUAAUUCUGUAGAUUCACACAACUAACAAAUUCCCACUGAUUUUGGUAGAAACUGACAAAAUGAUUUGAAAAUUUAUUUGAAAAUUCAAAAGACCUAAAAUACCCAAAAUAAAUUUUGGGAAGAAAAACAAAUUUGAAAGGUUUUACCUGACUUUCAGAAUGCUAUAGAGCUAUACUAACAGAAGUAAACUAUUGGUGAAAGGGUUGCCCCAGCAAGAAUACAGAGGCCAGAAACAGGCCCACACAUAUGUUGUCAGUUUAUUUUCAGUAUAAUUGCCAGGGUAUUUCAAGACUGAAAGGAUAAUGCUUCAACAAAAUACUCUUAAGAUUACAACAUCCGUAUGAAAAAUAAAGUAAUAAAAACCUCAACAUAUCUCAAGUCAUUUACUACCUUGAAAUGGAUUAUAAUCUUCAAUGUCUGAAAUGUAAAAUAUAAAAUAACUCAUAGGUCAUUGGAUGAGGGGUACUCAUUGAACAUGGGUUAGACAGACUUCUUACAUAUUAUUUAUUUUGCUUUUCAAUUUUAAGGGUAAUGAGUUUUAUAGGCAUCAAUAUUAAGAGGAUUUUUUUUCUUCCAGUUUUAUUGAGAUACAGUUAGCAUACAGCACUGUAUAAGUUUAAGGUGAACAGCAUAAUGAUUUGACUUACAUACAUCAUGAAAUGAUUAUCACAAUAAGUUUAAUGAACACUCAUUACCACAUACAGAUACAUUAAACAAAAAAAUUUUUUUCCUUGUGAUGAGAACUCAGGAUUUGCUCUCUUAACAGCUUUCAUAUAUAACAUACAGCAGUGUUAAUUACAUUUAUCAUGUUGUAUAUUACAUCCCUAGUACUUAUCAAGACAGAAAAAUCAAAACCCAAAUAAAAUAAAAUGGUAAAAUUGGGCUUUAUCAAAAUCAAAAACCUUUGCUAUUAAAAAAGACACAUUUAAGAAAGUUAAAAAUGGAAGCCAUAGCCCAGUGAAAAAUAUUUGCAAAAUAUAUCUGAUAAAUAACUGGUGUCUGGAAAUUUUAAAUAAUCUUUAAAACAAUGAGAAAACCCAAUUUUUAAAAAAGACAAAAAUUCUGCCCUUUUAUUUGAAAAAUUAAAUUUUUUCUUUGAAAAUUAUACAUACUGAUAAGAUGACUAUAUCUGGUAUUAUAUAUUUGAAUAUAUUAUUCAGAAAGAAAUUCAGAGAUAAAGAUACUGAAAUUCUAAGACAUUGUUCAGAAAAACAGAAAUUCAACAUUCAGUUCAUGGAAGUUCCGUAACUAACAACAGGAAAAGUGGCUGCUUGAAAGAUGUCUGAGAAUUUUACAGAAUAGAUGAAGACAUGAAUCCUCUGAUUUAGGAUACAUUGGAGGGAGAAUAAAUUUUUUAAAAAUUACACCUAGGAAGUCAAGUAGAAAUGAAAUAGCAGAGUAUAAAAUAGAGAAAGUCUGAAAAGUGGCCAGAAAAGAAAUACAUUGUUUACAAAAGGACAGCAGUUAGAUUGGCAGCAUUAAAAAAAGCCAGAAUGUGGCAGUAUGUUCAAAAGGCUGGGAGAAUUAGGGGGAAAAAAAAAAAAAAGACAAGUUUUAAUACAUAUUUCACCAAAGAAAAUAUGUAAAUAAGAAGCAUGUAAAAAUAUGCUCAACACCAUUCAUCACUAGGGAAACAAAUUUAAACCACAAUGAGACACAAGUCUGUGCUCAUUUGAAUGGUCAACCCGAAAAUGCCAAGUCAGUGAUGUGAAACAGAACUCCCAUGCCUUACUGGUGGGAUGCAAAAUGUUAAAACCCACUUUAGAAAACUGGUAAUUUCUGUAAGUAUGCAUGCACUUAGCAUGUGAUGCAGCCGUCUAAUUUGUAGGUUUAUCCCCAAGAGGGUUAAAAAUGUGUGUCCACAGAAAUGCUUGUACUUCUAAUGUUCACAGCAACAGCAGCUUUAUUGAUAACAGCAAUAGCUGGGAACAAAGUAACAAUUCUGCAAAUGCCCGUGCAUGAGUGAGUUGGUUGCUUGCUAGGGCUGUCGGGGUGAGAUACCACAGACUGGUGCCCGAACAACAGAGCUGUUUUUCUCAUCGUUCUGGAGGCCGGCAGUCCAAGGUGAGGAGGCUGGAGGGUUGGUUCCCCUGAGGCCUCUCUCCUUGGGUUGCCAGUGGCCGCCCUCUGGCUGUCUCCUCGCGUGGUGUCGCCCGGUGCACACGUGCCCCUAGUGUCUGUGUGUGUCCUAAUCCUUUUUUGCAAGGCACCCAUCAGAUUGGAUUAGUGCCUGUCCUAAUGGCCUCAUUUUAACUUAAUUACCUCUUUAAAGACCCCAUCUCCGAAUACACACGUUCUAAGAAACUGGGGUGGGCUUCAGCAUACCCAGAUGUGGGGCACGCAGCUCAACCCUGCAAUGAGAAAACAGCCUGUUGGAGUUGCUGUCUGGGCAUUUUACAGUACGACAGACCGAGAGUCUGGACAUUUAGAUCAGAACCUGAGUGUAGGAUUCCCACCACGAAGUUCCCAGUUUGCUUUUCCUGGAGCACCUUUUAAAAUAACCACUCAAGAAAAUCAGUGACCGCUGCCCCAACCACCUCAGAAGUAAGAGGUGUGUGCUCCCCGGCUCAGAGGAGUGCACUUCCGUCUACUCACUGUGCCCCGUCCUGGGAUGUGUCAUUAAUAAACCUUGUGACUGUA